CUCCCCCCGAUUGGCUGGCAGGAAUUUGAGUUGAUUCGCCGUCUUGCGGACUCCAGGGUUCGCUGUCAGCUUCUUUCCGGCUUGCUCGUAGCCUCCCGGGCAAUCCUCUCCGCAUGGGGCAAGACUCUGAGGACCGUACUCAGUGAGCUCUAGCUUUGGAAGGAGAGGUAAUUCGAACGGUCCAGCUGCUGACCUGAAUCUGGUCCCUUCCUCUCUGGCCAAAUGGAGAUGCCACCAGACCAACCAAAGGGAGAAGAAGACACCUCACAAGCGCAACAACAAUGGAAAAAGAACUCCCAGAAGAACCUUGAUUCAACUUCUCAGAUUAGGCAGCAGCCCAGAGACCCUCCUACUGAAAUCCUUGAGCUGGGCGAAUGCCCAGAUCCAAUCAGUCAAAUUCUAGAAAAUCCUCAAGGGACUGAAAAACUGGCCGCUGAACUUGAAGGAGACUUUGAUAAGUCUCAUGGAUCAGCCAGUGAUCUACAGCCCCUUCAAGCUUCUAAUUUCUGGCACUGUCCUGAUGGGAGCUUUGUCAAGAAGAUAGUAACCAGUGGCCGAGGCUUGGAUAAACCCAAGCUGGGCUCCCGCUGCCGGGUACUGGUUUGGGGGCUUCCUUUUGGGUCAGGACUGCCAGAGGGCUGGACAGAGCUAACUUUGGGAAUAGGGCCAUGGAGGGAGGAAACUUGGGGAGAGCUCCUAGAGAAAUGUUUGGAGUCCAUGUGUAAAGGUGAGGAGGCAGAGCUUCAGCUCCCUGGGCACUCUGGACCACCUGUCAGGCUCACACUGGCCUCUUUCACUCAGGGCCGGGACUCUUGGGAGUUGGAGGCCAGCGAGAAGGAGGCCCUGGCCAGGGAAGAACAUGCUCAAGGCACAGAAUUAUUUCGAGCUGGGAACCCUAAAGGCGCUGCCCGAUGCUAUGGACGGGCUCUUCGGCUGCUGCUGACUUUACCCCCACCUGGUCCUCCAGAACGCACUACCCUUCACGCCAAUCUGGCUGCCUGUCAGCUGCUGCUAGGGCAGCCCCAGUUGGCAGUCCAGAGCUGUGACAGGGUGCUGGAGCGAGAGCCUGGCCAUUUGAAGGCCUUGUACCGAAGAGGGGUUGCCCAAGCCGCCCUUGGGAACCUGGAAAAAGCAACUGAUGACCUGAAGAAGGUGCUGGCGGUAGACACAAAGAACCGGGCAGCUCAAGAGGAGCUGGGGAAGGUGGUCAUUCAGAGGAAGAAACAGGAUGCUGGGCUGGCUCAGGGUCUACGCAAGAUGUUUGGCUGAUUAAAGCUCAACGUUAAAACAGACAGAAACCUGUGACUUGUGGUCUGUCUGUCAGACUUUGGGGGGGGGGCAUAGAGGGAGAGUUUCACCCCAUAUCCCAUCCCCAGCUUUUGUCUUCCUAGAGGAGAUAGCAGUGCUCUCGUUGCACCUCCUUUCCUUUUAAAAUUUUUACAUGGUUACGUGUGCUUCAUUUGGUGGGGGGAGGGCUUAUCCUUUUCCGACGUCUAGGUAGCUGUCUGAACUUAAAAACUUAGGAAUGGUUGAGGGAGAUGACGGAGCUUUAAAGCCUGGGAACUGCAACUCCUAAGAGGCUUUUUAAUUCCUGGGACCGUUUAGCGCAUGCGCAAAUUUUACACCCGGGGACGGUGGAACCGCUGUCCGCCUUCUGCCGUGCUCCUAUUGGCCGGGGCUAUACGGC